AUGGCUGUCGCCGCUUUUGCUACACGUCUGCGAGAGGCCUUCGAUGAGGCUGGGUUGGAUGGCCAGAAAUGCGAGUUUGAUGAGGCAUCGGGGCAGAUGAUCCUUCAUGGGGAAGUCACGCGCGUGGUGCCUGUCGGCAUGCUGUUUGCACAUUUCGCCGCCUGCAAGGAUGAGGCUUCGACCUACCCCAUUGCGGGCUACAUGGAGAGGCUCCUCCACUCAAAGCAGAGCUGGGAGUGGUCCUGGUAUGCCGGUCGACAAGACGAGUCUUGGAGCAUGCUCGCCAAUCUUAAGCCGCCUGCGCACCCGGAUUUGGACCUCGACGACGAUGGCGCGCCGGAUGAUGAGAUUUCUUCGAAUGGCUCAGGGAAAGCAAGUUCGCUGCCGCAGCGUGGGGUGAGCCCACCCCCAAGUUCGACAGUCUGCGACGAUGAGAUGGAGAUUGGCUUUAGUCUGUCUGUCACGACAGAAGAAUCCGAGGCCGGUCACCGCGAAUUCGACACAGUUCUGGACGAGGAGAUGGGUCAUUUCGAAGGUGGUCUUCCUGAGGAGCCAAUGAUGCGAAAGGUCAACUCAACCAGCUCAUUCCGCAAGCAGGCGGUUCGUGCCCGUCGUGAGCGAAUUCGCGCAGAGCGGCGUGAGGAGGUCGUCGACUUCUUGCAGAGGAACAACUUCGCCGGCAUCAACGUCAACGCGCCACGCUGUCGCCUGGGCUUCAGGUUGCUCUCGGAAUCCGUAUACCCACUCCACGUGGCAGCCCAGAAAGGAGAUGCUCACAUGGUACAAGAGCUUCUUCGAGAAAGGGCGGAUCCUGACAAGAGGACCUCGACCGGGCGUACGGCGUUGGACAUGGCAAAUGCAGCGAACCAGUUUGGCUCUCACCGCAUGGUUCUCGAGAUCCUGUCCGGACGGUGGAACACCAUGAGCUUCCGUGACCUGAGAGCCAUUUCAAGCCCCCGUGCCUAG